CGCCCGGCGCCACGUGGGGGAGGCUCCGGGGGUCCCCGGUGGGGCUGCACCGGGCUGAGGAUGCCGAGGGGCAGCGGGAAGAGGAAAAUCUCCGGGGGUGGGGAGGCUGCGAAGAGGAGGGAGAAGGAAGAGGAGAGAGGAGGAAGAGGAAGAAGAGGCCGGGGGGGGGCUGGAGGCAGCGCUGCGGGCGGCCCGGCGGGCGGCCGCCCCCUCGGUGCGGGAGUUCAGGUACAACAAGAAGCGGGUCCGGCUCGUCUCCCGGGGCCCCGAGCUGCUGGAGGACGCCAAAUGCAUCCUCUACUGGAUGUCCCGGGACCAGAGGGUGCAAGAUAAUUGGGCUUUCCUCUACGCCCAGCGCCUGGCCCUCAAACAGGAGCUGCCUCUGCGCGUCUGCUUCUGCCUGGUGCCCAAAUUCCUGGGUGCCACCAUCCGCCACUACGGCUUCAUGCUGCGGGGGCUGCAGGAGGUCAGCAAGGAGUGCACGGAGCUGAACAUCCCCUUCCACUUGCUGCUGGGCUACGCCAAGGACGUGCUGCCCCCCUUCGUGGUGCAGCAAGGCGUGGGGGGGCUGGUGACGGAUUUCUGUCCCCUGCGUGUCCCCAGGCAGUGGGUGGAGGACGUCAGGGAGAGGUUGCCCGAGGACGUGCCCUUCGUGCAGGUGGAUGCCCACAACAUCGUGCCCUGCUGGGUCACCUCCCCCAAGCAGGAGUACAGCGCCAGGACCAUCCGGGGCAAGAUCCACAGCCAGCUCCCGGAGUUCCUCACCGAGUUCCCUCCCGUCGUUCGGCACCCGCAUCCCCCGUCCUGCCCCGCAGAGCCCAUCGCGUGGGACGCCUGCUACUCCAGCCUGCAGGUGGACCGCUCGGUGGCGGAGGUGGAGUGGGCGACCCCCGGCACCUCGGCGGGGCUGGCGGUGCUGCAGUCCUUCAUCGCCGAGCGGCUGAAAUCCUUCAGCACCCAGAGAAACGACCCCAACAAGGCGGCUCUCAGCAACCUCUCUCCCUGGUUCCACUUCGGCCAGGUGUCCACCCAGCGAGCCAUCCUGGAGGUGCAGAAACACCGGCGUGCCCACAAGGAGUCGGUGGAGGCGUUCGUGGAGGAGGCCGUGGUGCGGAGGGAGCUGGCUGAUAACUUCUGCUACUACAACGAGAACUACGACAGCCUGCAAGGUGCCUACGACUGGGCGCAGACCACCCUGAGGCUCCAUGCCAAGGACAAGAGGCCUUUUCUCUACGAGCUGCAGCAGCUGGAGCAGGCCACCACGCACGACCCGCUCUGGAACGCUGCCCAGCUGCAGAUGGUUCGGGAGGGCAAGAUGCACGGCUUCCUGCGGAUGUACUGGGCCAAGAAGAUCCUGGAGUGGACCCGCUCCCCCGAGGAGGCCCUGCAAUUUGCCAUCUACCUCAACGACCGCUACGAGCUGGACGGGAGAGACCCCAACGGCUACGUAGGCUGCCUCUGGUCCAUCUGCGGCAUACACGACCAGGGCUGGAAGGAGCGGGACGUCUUCGGGAAGAUCCGCUACAUGAACUACUCCGGCUGCAAGCGCAAAUUUGAUGUGGACCAGUUCGAGCGCCGCUACGGCCCCCGAGAGCUCGCCCAGUGACCGGCACGGCGGUGCCCGGGGUGCAAGGGGUGAGAUGGGUCGUGCUCCUCCCUGCUCGGGGUGGACGUGCCUUUGUCGUGGUGCUGGCUCACACCUAACCCAUGAUAGUGCUGCUGGAGGGCUCCUAGCGGCAGCAAGCCCCGGGGUUUUGCAGGUUUCUGCUGUUACCCGCAAUGAGGCAGCUGUGCAGGGCUUGAUGCAGGCAGCAAGGUGCAAUCCUCAGCCAGAAAGCUUUCCUACAACCACUGUGCCCAGGGUAAGCCAGUCUGUGCAGCUUAUACCUACAGCUUAGUUUUUCCUUUUUCUGGGGAAAAAUCCCAAGAACCAGGCUCCUGAUGCCAUGCUUCCUGCAGAGCUCCUCGGUGCGGAGCCAGCGCGGUGCUGGGCUUCCCAAGCACCCUCAAACAGUUCCCCCCUGGCCUUUUGGUGUGAGGUUUACAGUUUGUAUCCCCGGUGUUUGUGGGUCAAUGCACGAGCCCUGCUGCGGGCAGGGGCCUCAGUAGAGCUCAGAACACAACCACAUUUAGUUGAAACCACAUUGAGUUUAACUUAGUUUAUUAGGGACGGCGUUUCACUGCUCUGCUGUGCAAUAGUCCCGUGGGGAGGGCUCCGGUUAAGUGCCAGGGCAGCCCCUGGCUGUCCCUCCAGCCGUGGCAGCAGUGUUAGUGUUGUGCGUCACCUUGCCCAGAGACCUCCGCCGGGUUUCGGGUUCCCAUCACAUCCAGAGGGAUUGGGGGAAAAACACAAAUAAACCAAAAUCCAUUCGCUCGUCUCUAAA